GCGGUGGCCCGGUCCACAGCCUGAGCAAGCAUGGGGCGUUCUGCUAUUUCUGCUGCGGCAGCAGCUGCGGCUUCUUCUGCUAAGAGGCUCAGGCGCGGCGCUGUGUGAGGCUCCCGCAGACCCAGUCAGUCUGCAAAAGCCCAACCCCAGACUGGUGCCUCACUCUCUCUGCCCCUUGUUAUCCACCAGAGUAAGGAAGGACACCUCCGGAAAGGAAACCUGGCCGCAUCCUUUGCCCUGAGGCAGACAGCCUGGAAUGAGCCACUGCUGACAUGUGCAGGAUGUCUUUCAAGAAGGAAACGCCACUUGCAAAUGCUGCAUUCUGGGCAGCAAGAAAAGGAAACCUGGCUCUUCUGAAACUCUUGUUAAACAGUGGUCGGGUAGAUGUGGACUGCAGAGACAGUCAUGGCACCACUCUGCUCAUGGUUGCUUCCUAUGCUGGCCACAUAGACUGUGUGAGGGAAUUGGUUCUCCAAGGAGCAGAUAUCAACCUUCAGAGAGAGUCAGGUACAACGGCUCUCUUCUUUGCUGCACAACAAGGCCACAACGAUGUGGUGAGAUUUCUCUUUGAAUUUGGAGCUUCCACUGAAUUUAGAACUAAGGAUGGCGGCACUGCGUUGUUGGCAGCCAGUCAAUAUGGCCACAUGCGAGUGGUAGAGACCUUACUGAAGUAUGGAGCCAACAUUCAUGAUCAACUUUAUGACGGAGCCACUGCACUCUUCCUCGCAGCCCAGGGGGGUUACUUGGAUGUGAUUAGAUUAUUGUUAUCUUCAGGAGCAAAAGUCAACCAACCAAGGCAGGAUGGAACAGCUCCAUUGUGGAUAGCAUCUCAGAUGGGACACAGUGAGGUAGUGAGAGUAAUGUUGCUCCGGGGGGCAGAUCGGGAUGCUGCAAGGAACGAUGGUACAACGGCAUUAUUGAAAGCUGCCAACAAGGGGUACAACAAUGUCAUCGAGGAACUGCUCAAGUUCUCUCCCACCCUUGGCCUUUUAAAGAAUGGAACAACAGCUCUUCAUGCUGCAGUGCUCAGCGGUAAUAUCAGAGCAGUCGCCUUGCUCCUGGAAGCAGGAGCAGACCCUGCCCUGAGAAACAAGGCAAAUGAGCUGCCAUCAGAAUUAACCAAAAAUGAACGCAUUUUACGUCUCCUCCAAAGUAAGGAAACACACAGGAAAAGCUAAUUCAGCUCUUGCUUCAUGGUGGCUAAGUCCUGUCCGUAUCAGUAAGAAAGUAAAUUUGUUCUGCAAACAAUUUUGGGCUUUGGUUCUUGAAAGCAUUUUGUUUAAUUGGCUCACAAUGCGACACUGCUGCUCCCGGGACAAUCUUAGGGUCUCCACACUGUGCCGCAGAUUCGAGGUGUGGGGCAGCUUCAGAUGCCUUCAUUCUCCCUUACAGCAGGGUUUACACACUGGCCUGUUAACUAGACUCCACUGUGUUUUAGCACCUUCAUGGAGUGGAAAGAAACCCCCUUAUACCAUUCAGUUAACAAAUUCUAAGGUGGACAGGGCUUCCAGCCCUAAUCGAGGCCAUAUGAAAUUCUGCCCCCUUUAAAGGGCCCUAAGUCUCACAUUUAGCUGAUUAAUCACACUUUUCCUUUUGUGUUGAGUGUAGCUCUGUUAAUACAAACAUAUAUGCAUAUAUUCAUCUAGGCAAGGAGUUUCUUUUACUUCAUUGCGAUAUAUUUUCUUCCACUUAAGGAUCACAGCCAUAAUGAUUAGGAAUCAGGUAAAUGGCAAACCCAAAUGUACUCUUGUUGAAGACCACAGAUACUAUUUGUCAAGAAUGCAUAUCCUUCUCAGGUUAAAGUGUUUGAUUCUAAAGAACAAUUGGUGUUUUGUGAGGUGAUCCUCUCCUGAUUCCUCGCAUUAAAAUGACAUCUUUGAUUAAGAUAUGGGAGGAGGCAAAAUGAAUAUUUCUGAAGGAGACAGUGUAGAAUAGUGGAAAGAAGGCCAGAUUUGGAGUCAGAGAAACUGGGUUUUAAUCCAGCUCUGACACAUGUUACUUGUGUGAUCUUGGACAGGUAACAAUCACUCUUGACCUCAUUUCCUCAGCUGUAAAAUGAGGGAGUUGAGACUAGUUGAACUCUAAGCUUCCCUAAAGCCCCUUCUAGUUCUAAAUCUAUCAUCCUAUGAAAAGCCACUUUAACUCUGAUUCAGGGAAAUUGCAAAAAUAUCCAAAACUUGGGUUUGUUCCCUGGAGCUUUAAUUUGAGUUCUACCCUUUGGAAAAUCUUUCUUAGGACAGAAGGGGACUUUCUGUAUCUAUUGAGGAAUCUAGAACUUCUAAUAUCAUUUUGCUUUAUGCAAUAGACUUUGAGGUCCUAGAAUAAAAAGUAAGAUGUGUUGUUACUACUACAGUUACGUAAGUUAUGCCUAAAUGUUAUUUAUUUAGUAAAUAUCUACCUGUGCAUGGGACAUGCUGAUUGAUUCCAAGAAAGCAAUUGGGUUUUGUGUUGUUUUAUUUUAAAGUUGUUCCUUUGAGGAAAUCAUGACUUAAUGUUAACUUCACUUAAUUAUAUUAAAUGCACUUAAUUAUCAAUGGUGUCUAAUUGCCUCAGAAUCA